GUACUGAGUGGACGUGCACCAAGAAGCGCAUGCUGGCCGGCAUCAUCACAGACUACACCUUCGGUCUGGGCUACAUGCUGCUGGCGGGAGUGGCGUACCUGAUCCGAGACUGGAGAAAGCUGCAGCUGGCCAUAUCCGCCCCGGGAUUCCUGCUCAUCUUUUACAUUUGGGUACUCCCACAGUCCGCCCGAUGGCUGCUGGCCAACGACCGGACAGAGGAGGCGAUUGCGCUCCUCCGCAAAGCAGCGCUGGUAAACGGGCGGGUCUUACCUCCAGCUGUGCAGGUUGAGAAGUGGGAGAUCCUGGGCGGAUCAAAGCGAAGCCACUCGGCUGUGGAUCUGGUCCGGACGCCUCAGAUGAGAAAGAGGACGCUGAUCCUGUUCUACAUCUGGUUUGUGAAUGUGCUGGUGUAUUACGGACUCUCCCUCGGCGUAUCCAGGCUGGGCACGGACCUCUACAUGACCCAGUUUGUCUUUGGGUUGAUUGAGAUCCCAGCUCGCUCUUUGGUUCUCUUCUUCCUGCCCUUCAGCCGCAGACUCAGCCAGAGCGGUUUCCUGGCUGUCGGGGGGCUGGCCUGUCUGCUCAUGCUCGUCGUCCCUGCAGAUCAUCCCAAUGUCUUGACUGGUCUGGCCAUGGUCGGGAAGUUUGGUAUCACAGCCUCCUUUGCCAUCAUCUAUGUGUAUACGGCUGAGAUAUUCCCCACUGUGGUAAGGCAAACCGGAAUAGGAGUUUCCAGCAUGUUUGCCAGGAUGGGGGGUGUGUUGGCUCCCAUCAUUAACAUGCUGCAUAGCCACAGCCCUGCCACGCCCCUCGUCAUCUUUGGAGCUUCACCGCUGCUGGGAGCGCUCCUGGCGCUGGCGCUGCCAGAGACGGCAGACAGACCUCUUCCAGACACCCUGGAGGACGCAGAGAACUGGGACGUCAGGCUCGCUCCCGUCCAGGAGAACUGUCAGAUGUGUGAUGGAGUCGGCCCGUUACCCAGCAGCACGGAGAAGAAGGAGCUGCUUCCUCUCGCAACUCUGACCUAACCGGCUCUAAGAGGACACAAAUGCUUUAUUAUCCGGCCCACAUUCAGGAAACAGCAGUUACCCUUACACUCUCUAUGCAAUUCCAUGUCAGGAUUUGAGAGAGAGCUCUAUGCAAGGAAGCCAAACAAGUUCAGCACAAGGUGUUCAUGCACGGCGCACAAAGCCGGCAUUCACUCCACCUGCCAUGCAGCCCAUAAGAGGCCUACUGUUGGAGCAGAUUUAGCUCUCAACCAACAUUCAGGAAUAGCUCUUUUGCAAAUUUCGCAAAUCUUUUGUACCUUUGUACCUUUCACCUCAUUUUCUAAUGCAUUGAUGAACAAACGUAUUCAAUCUGGAGAUGUGAAACCUUUGAUACGAGACUACUCCCUCUCAAACGUAGUUUUAAAGAAUAGGGAUCUGCUGCAUAUUCUUUCAGUAGUUAUGUUUGAAUGCUUUAAUCAAAGUGACAGCAGAGUCUGUUUUAUCAGAUGCAUGCAUUCCUGUCUGAUGUAGCCCUGUCUUACCUAAAUGAUGGAACUUUUUCUUCAUUUUGACCCUCAGACAUCGUUUCUUCUUGAUCAGUAAAUGGUGCUGAACUGUUAUUUGUGGAGACUUUAAGGGUAAAGCGAGGACUUGUCAUGCUGCUGCUCGCCCCAAACCUCCUGCAGGUCUUCCAGUGUGAAAGCCCCCAGCAUGAAAGCAUGUCUUAUAGCUGCAUGUCUUCAUGUAACCACAGAUACCAAUGAUAACUUUUGAUAGUUUUUUAUGAUUCUCUUCCAGUUUAUUUAAAGGCUCUGUUUGUAAAGAACAAGGUGAAACGUGUCGACAUGUGACAGUGUAGUGAAGGCCGCAGUGCCUUUGUGUUUCCUGCAAUAAACGUGUCAAUAAAAGAAAUGUUCGGAUGUUUUUAGGGACAACAGCAGCAGUGAAACAUUCUCAGACUGUUUCACGUCAAACUUAGGCACUCGAGCGGAGUGAACUAAAGACCACGUUUACAUCAGAGUGACGUAUGUGGCAUCCGUGGUGACGCCACAGUUGUUAUCCUUCAUGGACAUGAGGAUGUAGCCAUCGUUGCCCCAGUAGGUGGACCAGGAGUUCUUGACUAACCAGUAGGGCUCUCCGUUUAAGGCGCCGUAUCCCACGGCGAGCACAGCAUGGUCCAGGUCCUGCGUGGUGUUACCUGAAGGAAGAGGAGCGUUGGAGCGCGGCAGAGGGCGGAGUUUCAGCAGGACGGCAGCACUCACCACAGGCGGGCUCAUAGUAGACCCCGUAACUGUAGAAGACGAAGGAGCGGUGCGAAGCGUCGAUGCUGACCGCCACCGGCCCGUUUUUGAAGAGCGCUAGCUUCAGGGCUUCUGCGUCGCCGGAUGUGACGUUGGUGUAGCUCUUGAUGGGGGCGACCAGCUCCGAUGAGUUCAUGUGGCAGAAACCGUUCUGUUCCGCAACAAAAAUCUGGUUUUGAUGUCCAAUUUAAAAAAAAAACAAGUAGCCUACAGUAUUUAGCUUUUAUUUUAAAUGUAUUAAACCUGUUGAAUGUUUUUAAGAUCUUUCUGUUAAGAUUUAAUAUAAAAAUGAAUCAUCUGGAGAAAGAAUUAAGAAAAGAGCCCCUUUGAUAAAUCUGUCCUUGUUUUCUCUGCAUGUUUGGAGUUCACAGUUAGAAGACAAUAAAGACGUGAUCAUUCUAUUUA